AUGAAGCCCGUGUAUUUACCCUACCAGGCUGUUUUCAAUUCUACGAUGCCUCAUCUUCGCGUAGCGAUGGUUCAGGUCGAACCCUACAUCAACAUGAGACGACUUGGAGAUGAAAUUGAAAUAAGAGGUCCUUUCUCCCAAAUCGCUGAGGCUAUACAGAAACUUACUCGUAAUAGCUUAUCGGUGGUGUCGAUCGAAGAUGUGCAACAUGGCCAUCGCCUCAAGAACGGAUCCUUCGUCGGAAUCAUGGGAAAAUUCGAGAGAGACGAAGUGGAUUUGCUCGUGAGCCCCGCGAUCAUGAACGAAGAACGGUUCAUUUUAGCAGACCCUUCAAUAUUCGAAGUCACCUCGUAUACGCUUCUCGGCUGGUCUCCCCGGAAGGUUGUGGAUCCGUUCAACUUCGCGUCUGCGUUCACUGCGGAGGUCUGGCUAUCGGUCCUGCUAAGUUUCUUGUUGCUGUCACUGAUCUGCUGGAUUAUGGACAGAUAUCUGACUCCGUGGGAGGAAGGAGCUCCCACGGCCUUGUCCGAAUACGCGUGGGAUUUGUUCACCCGCUUUUUCCCGCAAGAUGCUCCUCUUCAAGACGCGAGUUGGUUCAGAAUGUGUCUGAUUGGAUUCCUCAUUGCCUUCUCCUUGAUCCUCAUGACUUUUCUGAGCAGCGCUCUCACGUCUUCGAUGACCAUCAAAAGAAAUGAAGAUUUCGUCAACAGCUAUGCGGACGUGCUUCGAUUCCCGAAAGUUCGGAUCUACAGCGAGAAAGGGACAAUUUUCUCACAAAUUUUUCUAGAUCCUCACAACGCCCUCUUCCGGAAGCUAAGCGGGAGGCACAUUCCCGUCCGAGGGAUAUUCAAAUUGAGCUCAGAGGUUUCCGUGAUGGUCGAUGAAAUCGAAGCGAAGACACGCGUUAUUGUCGGCAGUCCAGACAUAUGCAAGUCUGUGGUGAUUAAGAAACGGGAAUCCUCAGGCAGAUGUCCGAACGUCAUGCUGAGCACGGAGAGUGCCGGCUUAAUGCUGGGCUCUUUGUUCGUCUCGCGUCGCCUUCCUAGCGCAACUCGGGAAAUCAUCAACAGAGCGAUUCUCGUGUCUCUGGAAGCGUUCCUCUACCGCAAAACCAUGAUCUGGUCAAUGGAUGAGUACGAGAAAUGCAGGUUGCGCUCCCGCGCCUCAUUGGAAACCACAGCUCUUUCGGUCCUAGAUGUCCAGGGAUGUUUCGUAUUGUUCGCGAUCGGAGUAUGCGCGGCAACCACCUCCCUCUGUAUCGAAAUAUCGAGGAAGCGUUCUUGUCGAUGCGCCUGA